AUGCUUCAACUUCUUGAUUGUGUGUGCAAAACACUUGAACAUUUGAAAGAUCAAGAUUUAUAUUCUUGUUUAUUAGUUAAUCAUCUUUGGUGUUCGAAUUUUAUAAACACAUCCAAAAUUAUGAAACGUUACUUGUACAUUGAAUUUGUCAAGAGUAUUUCAAUUUAUGAUAUGCUUGCCGAAGUUGAAAAUAUCACUAAAAAUCAAGGCAUCACUCCGCAAAUGUUACGAAUACGUGACAUUCCAAAGAUCAAAUUCUCCCCUGAUGCAAUCGAUUGUUUUAAAAAUCUUUCGAACCUUUGCUUUCGUUCAGAUAUUGAUUUCGAAUUCUUAUAUCAGCUUUCUCAAAUAUGUCAUAAUAUACAAUCUGUCUACUUGGAUCUUCAUAUUCAUUCAACCACUUUAACCAAGUUACACAUCUAUUCAUUCUGUAAUGCAAUCUGUCCAACCGAAUCAUUAUCAUUACUUUCAAAUUUCAUAAAUUUGCAAGAACUUACAUUGGAACCUAAUUAUGAUAUUUCUGUAUUUUUUAACACAACUACUUUUUCUCAACUGAAAAUUCUAAGAGUUUUAAAACAUCAUAAACAAGGUCGAGUUAAUGUAUUUUUACAAAGGAAUGGGGAGAAUUUAAAACGUUUACAUAUUGAAUUUCAUGAUAAUUCAUUGAAUUUGCUAAGAUUAAAAGAUGUAAAAUCAGACAUAUCUCCUGACAAUUUAGAGUACUUUUUAAAGAGUUGGAAGGAUCGCAUUGUUGAAAAUUUUCGAGAUGAUGAGAUGUUUGAUGAUUUUGAAGGCCGUGAUGUAACAUUUCAUUAUAGGUUACGACGUAGUAUUCAUUCUAUUAGUGAUUAUCAUUUGAUGUAG